UUAUGUAGAAUGUCGGGUGGUGUAUACCACGUUGAGUUUAAAUGAACUGUGUUAAUGUUCUUAAACUAAGUAAAAUCGGGCGAGCGGAUAGCGAAGUGUAUGCAUAGGUAGAUUGAGUUAAAAUUUUGAGAAAAACUGUAGAAAACUAUUAUAGUGCUGUCUGUAAAAUGGAGUUGGACUAACGCUCAUGAUACAAAAUGGGAUCUGGCUCAUCAAAACAAAAUAAACCGCAAGAAACAAGGUCAGCACAGGGACAGCGUCACGAUGCGUCACUUCCAGGUAGUUCCGUACCGCCCGCGGGGAGACCUGCGCGACCAGCCGGAGUCUCCAUACCGAACGAGACUCAGGCAGACAGGGGGUCCACUAAUAAAUCGGAAGCUGAAGUGAUGAAACCUUCUUUGCCUGGCGGAACUCGAGCGCUUACACAGGAACAACGAGCCAACAACAAUACUCGAAUAAAAAGUGCACAUGCGCGACGAAAUGACACGAAACAGCUGGUACGGAGGAUGGAGCAGGGUGCGGAGUUCGAGGAAGAGGUUGACACCAUUCUGGGCCUGGACCGGAUGAAGACACGUCACGAGCUGAGGCGCGAGAAGACUCUUCACCGGCUGGGCGAGAGAAGGCGCUCCUCCAAGGCGUUGCUAAGCUUCAAGAACGCCGCAGACAAGAUUACUGGCGCCAGGAAGCAUGAUACCGCUAAGACGCCUCUUGAUGCCAUCCUGCAGGGAGAUCUGUCGGCCGAGUGUCCAUCAACAACCAAGAUCGUACGAAUAUUUACCAGCAGCACGUUUACAGAUACACAGCACGAGAGGAAUACGCUAAUGAGGUUCGGAUAUCCGGUGCUGAAGGCUUGGUGUCAGCAGCUCGGCUACGACUUCCAGGUGGUGGACAUGCGCUGGGGCAUCCGGGAUCAGGCUACCGACGACCACAUGGGCACCGAAAUCUGCCUCAAGGAACUACGCAUGUGCCAGAAACUGUCGACUGGACCCAACUUUGUGUCUCUCAUGUCCCAUAAGUAUGGCUACACCGACUUUCCCCGAUGUAUAGACGCGCGAGAGUUCGAAACCAUCAUGGAUGAGAUAAAAUCUACAGAGACAACGGCGUUGUUCAAUAAAUGGUACCGCAAGGACCUGAAUGCAGAGCCGCCGGUGUAUGUCGCGUUUCCGAUCAGCACGCAUCUACCAGACUUCAUCAGCAACGACAAGGAGAAGAAGGAUGCGGCAAAGAAGGCGUGGUGGGGCGAGAUGGAGACUUUGCAGCGCACACUGGAGGAGGUGGCACAACGCGUGUUCGACGCCGAGACCGCCCACAAAUUCAUACGAUCCAUCACAGAGACGGAGGUGCACGCCGGGCUGCUGACGGCGGCGGACCCACCGGCCCAGUGCCUAUGGCUGAGACGGACCUUGAACGGCAUUGAGACGCAGGACAAUAGCUAUCUGCUCUCUAGAUUCCAAGAAUGUGGCGACAACAGCAGCGAAGAGAAGGUGCAAAAAGUGCGCAAGAUGCACGCGGACCUGACCAGGAGCAUGCAGGCAAAGCUAAAUGACAGCGUCCUUAGUUACACCGUGGACUGGGACCCAGAAAAAGGCAUUAAUCCAGAGUUGGAGUCGCACCGGAAUUACCUGAAACAGAUGACGGAGGACUUCGUAUCCCGGAUGCGUGACGUCAUCAGUUUGGCAAUAACUAGACAUCGCCAGAUAGACGACCCACUGGUCGAGGAGGUGGUCGAGCAUGCGCAGUUCUGCCAGAAGAAAUGCGAUAGCUUCCAUGGGCGAGAAGACUUACGCAAGUACAUAGGCGAUUACGUGGCGGGCAUGAGUAACGAGCCUCUAGUCCUGCAUGGCGACUCGGGCUCCGGCAAGACAUCAGUCCUCGCCAUGGCCGCCCGCUCCAGUGCCGCAUGGGCCCGCAAAAACGCCGUCGUGGUCGUCAGAUUUAUAGGUACCACGCCAAGCAGUUCGAAUUUAAUGGGUCUUUUGGCCAGCAUUACUCAACAAAUACGCCGGGCAUACCAUGUCGACCAGAACGUAUCAAUGGACCUUCGCCAGCUGGUGGAUGAGUUCGCACUGAGUUUAUUCUUACCGACCGUGGAGCGGCCCCUGGUGCUCAUACUCGACUCUCUCGAUAUGCUCGACCCCUCGCACAACGCACGCCAGCUUCAAUGGCUGCCCAUCCGUCUACGACCCAAUGUGAAGGUCAUCCUGUCCACGUUGACUGACGCCCAGUUCGAGUCGUUCCCGAUUCUCAGCUCCAUCAUCAGAACAAAAGAGAAUAUUAUUAAAGUACCCACGCUUACACAAGCUGAUUUUGAAGAAAUCGUUGAUGGUUGGCUGAAGAAAAGGCGUCGCAAUCUCACGGCAGAUCAGAAAAAAAUGUUGAUGCACAUGUGUCUUAAAUGUCCGUCUCCAUUGUUUCUUAAACUUACCUUCGACAAGGCGUGUACCUGGACUAGCUUUGCAGCUCAAAGUGCUACGGUUCUAGAAGCAUCCAUUAGGACAUGCAUCGAUGGGUUGUUUCAAAGGCUAGAAGAUAUGCAUGGACAAAUAUUUGUCUCAAGAGCACUCGGAUAUUUGACUAUAUCACGUUCCGGUCUGACUGAGACGGAGCUUGAGGACGUGCUGUCUUGCGACGAUGACGUACUAAAUGACGUCUACAUGUACUGGACACCGCCAAUCAGACGUCUGCCUCCCAUGCUGCUUCUACGCCUUCGCGACGAUCUGAAGCAUUAUCUAGUGGACCGCUGUGCUGACCACGUGAAGGUGGUCUCCUGGUACCACCGCCAGUUUAUUGAAGCGGCCGAAAACCGCUACCUGUCUAACGUCGCCACCAACAAGAAGCUGCACGCGGCACUCGCCGAGUUUUUUGCCGGAACGUGGGCUGGCCGCGAGAAGGAAUACGUGACCCCUAAGAACGAGAAGGGUUCCGCGGAUCGCCACGUAACCAGCCAGCCAAACAAGUUUGGAACCACGUACAACAUGCGGAAACUAGCCAACCUGCCUUAUCACCGUAGCAUGGCUGGACAGCUGCAGUUACUCAAAGAAGAAACGCUCUGCAAUUUCGAGUUUCUUGUCGAUAAAUUGAAGGCAACAAAUUUAUGGCAAAUCAUGGACGACUUUGCGCUUGCGCGCCGGCUCUUCACUGACGACGAAGCCCUAGCGAAUAUUGACGACGUUCUGCGCCUCUCGCAGGUGGCAUUGUUUGACGACGCAAACCAACUCAUACCGCAGAUUCUUGGGAGGCUGAAACCUAACAAGAGUAACGAGGCGUUCCUGGCGAAGUGUCGCGGCUGCCCGGUGCCCUUCCUGCUCCCGGACAAGCUAAUCCUCACUCAGCCCGGGGGUCAGCUGAUCCACUCCAUGGCGGGACACAAGGGCGACAUCUCCUCGCUCGACCUCUCCGUCGACAGCAAGACCGCGCUCACAUGUUCCGAUGACGGCUCAGUGCGACUGUGGAGCACAGAGAGCGGUCAACAGCUGCGUGUGUACGACGGCCUGGGCAAGGUAUCCCGCGCCCGCUUUUGCUGUAGGGAUCAGUACUUCCUCAUCGACCAGGCAAACAAACUCACUCUCAGAAACGCCAUCACAGGUGAGAAGGUAUUUGACCUAAACUCUGUGACGGACGACUACCCGUCGUGUCUAUGUGGCGAGAACCAGUCUGUGCUCGUGGUAUUCCGUGUGGGCGGCGUCAUGGCGCUUGACCUGACCGAUCAGUCUACCCUCUUCACGUUCGAGUGCUUCGACGCCCCCGCAGAGGACGGGAUGCGAUUUGAGCACCCCAGUAUUGCCGCAGGCUCGCGGAAUUAUGCGGCGGUUACAACUAAGGAUCAAGUGUACUUCGCUGUAGUCGAUAUCAAGAAGAAGACGUGUUCCGAAUUGUUUCGAGGAUUUGAACCUUUCAAGGACGAAGAUGUGGGAGAGGAAAUCCAGUAUGAGGUGGACGAGAUGACAUUUACCGCAGACGAGAAACACCUCGUAUACAGCAAUGUAUUUAGCAACGAUAUCGUCUUCUUUGACUUCCGGUUGAAGAAAAAGGUUCAAAUCGUGCGAGGCAAUCCGGAUUACUACACGCGAAGCCUGAAGUGUUCAAAUGACUCGAAGGUGAUGUAUUUCGUCAAAUCAACGUUCGUGACAUUCUUUGACCUUAAGACGUCGAAUCACUCGGACGAGCUGGAGCACACAGUAGACGUGACCCGGGCCUGCACCAACGACAUGCGAACAGUGGUCACAUCGGCGGAGGACUCCAAUGUGCGAGUAUGGGACCGCUCCCGCAAGGCGCAGACGAUCAGCCAGACGCCUGCUAUAGAGGCGAACAGAAUACGGAUGCUGCAUUCACUACCCAACCCCCGCUACGUGCUCGGGUUCGGCUUUAAGAGUCGCGCCAACGACAGCCAAUUCCUGUUCGUAUACGACCUGGAGAAGCACCGGCCAGUCAGGCAGCGGGAACUGGAUAGCUCCAUCCUCCAUAUGGAGGUCCUCAGUGACAGCGAGGCGCUCAUAGUUCACGAUGUCGUCCAGAAGAUAAAAGUUCUCAAGAUAGAUACCCUUAAAGUCACUCGGGAAUUUCAAGGCUACCUUCCGAGUCGAAAAUAUAAAUUCAAACUUAAUAAGAAACGAAAUGAGGUAGUGUGUCUGAGCGGGGGUCGUCAUGCGGUGAAGGUGUACGAGAUCUCCACUGGUCACGUGACCGCUAUGCUGCAGACAGGCACGCAGGAUAAACUGGACGGCAUCUCGACGUGCAGCCCGGGCGAUCGUCUGGUCGCCUGGAGUGAGGAUAGUGGUCGUCUGUUCGUGUUCGAUCUAGCCAGACGCAAACUACAAAAAACCAUAGAGUCGCGACACACCGCCAUGCUAGAUGAGGAGGGAGUGUUGUUGCAUCCCAGCGGAAACCACGUUGUCUUCAAAGUAGAAGGAUUACCUCCUCAAGACAAAUACGAACAAGCUGAAAUAUACCUAGAAGUAUGGGACACAAAUAAAGGUUCGCUGGUGACAUCCCUAGUCGACGUUGAAUACCACAACCGCUACUCCUCCAGUAAGGACCGCACCGGAAGUUCGUGCGCAGUCGACAUGUUUGAGUUCCUGGACGACAGCCGGCUGCUGAGCACACACGACGAUUUCAUCUUGAGAGUAUUCAACAUUCAGUCAGGAAAUCUGCUUCAUCGCGUGUUCGGCCACCGUACUGCCGUUGAGAUCGUGUACAGCUCAGAGGCCCCGUACGUCCUCACCUACGGCAGCUGGACAGAGGAAAUGACGCUGCGUCUCUGGGACAAGAAAACCUUCAGCGAAAUAGCCUCCUACACCCUCGAUAGAACGGUGAACAACCUGGGCUACAGCUCGGACUGCAGGCGCAUUCUGGGCACCAUCGGAAAGCCAGCUGAAGUGGUAACAUGGAGCCUACACAACUUUCCAGGCAGAACUUCAGAGGAAAAAGCUAGCUACGAAGAACUGUUCCAUGGUCAAGACGCAGGAGGUUUCCUGGAGCUGGUCGGUGACGACGAUCAGGUGAUCUUGGAUCCCUCUGACCCCGACCAGGAUAUGGAGGAGAACACGUCUGAUGACGAUGACGAUUUUGUGUGACCUUCAGUAUCACAAACCCCAGCACAAGUGUGUGUGGGUAUCAGUGUUUACAGAAAUAGUGUUGUUCUGAAUUGACGUUUGUGUGCAUAAUAGGCAUGAUGUGUUACUAUUAUCUCAUGAUACCGUUUUUUUUUUGGUAGUUGUAAUUCUAUGGCCGGUUUAAGUGCCGUUUUGAAUUAAGGUUACUAAAGGGCAGUAUUUUUGUAUGGGUAUCAAGGAAAUGGCUGUAAUAGUUUUACAAGUUUUAAAAUAAAAUGUCCCUUAUUA